AUGCAGGCGAGUCCAGUAUUACGGUUAUCCCCAAGAAGCUUUAAUUCCUACUCUGAUGAAGACCAAUUCGUCGGGAAAAUUGUGGAAGAUUUUAGCGAACAGGUCAAAAUCGUAGCUUCUGAUCAUAUGAAGUUUGAGAAUAAUAUGAGGAUCUCCGAAGAUGAUCAAGUUCAGCAACAAUCACAGCAUGAAAAUGAAGAGGAAGAACAAGAAGAACCAGAUGAAGAAGAUGGUGAUGAAGAUUUCUCUUUUGUAUGCAACGUAGCCGUCGAUCCAUCAUCGCCGAUUUCGGCUGACGAUAUAUUUCGGAACGGUGAGAUCAGGCCGGUUUUUCCUUUAUUCAACCAAGAUCUCCUUCUCCUUCUCUCUGAUCAUGAGGACGUUGAUUCUGAUAAAACUUACAAUUCUCGUCUAAGGCCCCAUCGGCGGCCUCCGCUGAAAAAGGUCUUCAUUGAAACAGACGACACUCCUCUACCUCCGUCAUCAUCCGAAUCCGACGACAUCGACGGGGUCGCCGACGGUCCUUACUGUGCCUGGUCAAAAGGAAAAGUAAUCGAAGCAUCUCCGGAGGUAUGCAAGAAAAGUAACUCCACCGGAUUUUCCAAGCUUUGGAGGUUUGGGGACUUUGCCAAUCGGAGCCACAGUGAUGGCCGGGACGCGUUUGUUUUCUUGAACAAUACAACCACCACAAAGGCGGCGACGAGUGUUAAGAGAGAAGAGAAGGUAGCUGAGAAGAAGCCGGAGAAGAUAAAGACCGGAGAGUUGAAAGCUAACGUCAAUGGUGUAGGAGGAGGAGAGAAAAUUAAAAAGGCGAAGAAGAAGGUAGUGAAGGCCGAAACGUCGUCUUUGUCAGCUUACAUGAAGAAUAGAGCAAUGGACGAAGAUCGACGAAAGUCGUACCUGCCGUACCGGCCGGGGGUUGUUGGGUUCUUCACUAACGUCAACGGCGGGUUAACCCGGAAUGUACACCCCUUCUAA